AUGGUUGAAGUUGAGAAAUAUUAUCUUCCGCCUACUCGCCUCAUACCUAAUUCUCCACAACCUCUGCUUUAUUAUAAAGGACUCCUGGUCGACCCCUCUAAACGUCGACCGGAAGCUAUCCACGACACGCUCGAUAAAAAUCACUGGAAAACGCAAUGGAUAUUUCGGUACGGCCCAACUCAGUCAUCGCAUUACCAUUCACGAAUCCACGAAGCUAUGGUCGUGCUUUCUGGUAGGGCAACCAUUAGAUUUGGUGUUGCCGAUACAGAUCCUGACUUUGAUAAGAAUACCUGGGGUAGUGCGAAGGAAGAGGGUGGGGUCGAGGUAACGGCUAGCAUUGGAGAUGUUUUCAUAAUUCCCGCCGGCGUGGCUCAUAAGACAUAUGAUACUCGUCCCAGCGCAGAAUUUAGUCUAUUAUCACCAGGCGAUGGACGCGGGAUACCCGGUCCUAAUGCCCGGGAAUCCUUAGCUAAUAUACGGCUUUCGGGGUUCACGAUGAUGGGUGCUUACCCUCAAAACUGCGGCCACUGGGACUUCUCUAUCGGGGGAGAGGACGUGGGGGACUUUGAAGCUUCAUGGAAUAUCCCAAAGCCAGAGAAAGAUCCCUUUCUAGGCGAUUCGCGGGACGGGAUUGUUGGACAGUGGAAUGCUACCGAUAUCCUUGAAAGGAGAACAUUGAUUUCUAAACUCUGAACGAUUUGUCGAUGUGUAUUCUUGAGUGAAGAAGUCAUUGUAGUCCUGAUAGGUAAUACUUAUGGUAUAGGAGAUAAACCAUGACUACCUUAGCUUUCGUCGAUGCCGAGAAGCGGGC